AUGCCAAAGGAUGGAACUGGCUUGACAGUCCUUGACCCCUGGCUGGAUCCUUUCAAGGAUGCUCUGAGGGAAAGAUACAACUUCUUUAACCAGUGGCGCGAGAGAAUCAACACAUCUGUUGGUGGAUACGAGAAUUUCACGAAGGGUUACGAGUACUACGGUUUCAAUGUUUCCAAGGACGGUACAAUCACUUACAGAGAAUGGGCGCCUAAUGCGGUUACUGCCAGUCUUGUGGGAGACUUUAACAAUUGGGAUGUGAACACACACCCAAUGAAGAAGAAUCAGUAUGGUGUGUUUGAGAUUGUCUUGCCUCCCAAGGCAGGCAAGCCAGUCGUUCCUCAUGGGUCCAAAGUCAAGAUCUCCAUGACACUGCCGGGAACAAACGAGCGUAUUUACCGUCUCCCUGCAUGGAUCCGAUACGUCACACAGGAUCUCAAUGUUAGCGCAACGUACGACGCUGUCUUUUGGAACCCAGAGAAGACUUACACGUUCAAACACCAAAGACCAAAGAAGCCCGAAAGCCUAAGGAUCUACGAGGCUCACGUUGGAAUUUCUUCUUCUGAACCUAGAGUUGGCACUUACAAGGAGUUCACUGCCAACAUUAUUCCACGUAUUGCGUACCUCGGAUACAAUGCGAUUCAACUGAUGGCUAUCAUGGAGCACGCUUAUUAUGCCUCUUUUGGUUACCAAGUCACUUCUUUCUUUGCCCCUUCUUCCCGCUAUGGAACCCCGGAAGACCUUAAAGAGCUUGUUGACACUGCUCACAGCUAUGGCUUGACUGUCUUGCUUGAUGUUGUACAUUCUCAUGCCUGCAAGAAUGUGUUGGAUGGCCUGAAUAUGUUUGACGGCAGCGACCACUGUUACUUCCACGAAGGACAAAAAGGUCGCCAUGAGUUGUGGGACUCUCGCUUGUUCAACUAUGGAAACUAUGAGGUCUUGCGUUUCCUUAUGUCUAAUUUACGUUACUGGAUGGAUGUGUAUCAGUUUGAUGGCUUCCGCUUUGAUGGUGUGACUAGUAUGCUCUACAAGCACCAUGGAAUCGGCUACGGGUUCUCUGGAAACUACCAUGAGUACUUUGGAGAUCUUGUUGACGAGGAGGGUGUGAUGUAUUCCCAACUUGCCAACGACUUUUUGCAUGAAAAAUAUCCUACCGUGAUUACUAUCGCAGAAGAUGUGUCUGGAAUGCCUGGCUCGUGUCGCCCUGUACGCGAAGGUGGACUUGGAUUCGACUACCGCCUUGCGAUGGCCAUUCCCGAUACCUGGAUUAAGCUCUUAAAGGAAAGUUCAGAUGACGCAUGGUGCAUGGGCCAUAUUGCACAUAUCCUCACAAACCGUCGUCACUUGGAAAAAACUAUUGCUUAUUGUGAAUCCCACGACCAAGCCUUGGUGGGUGACAAAACAUUGGCGUUCUGGAUGAUGGAUAAGGAAAUGUACACAAACAUGAGCGACUUGACUGAAUUAACACCGGUUAUCGAUCGCGGAAUGUCGUUGCACAAGCUUAUCCGAUUGGUUACGCACGGCCUGGGCGGAGAAGGCUACCUCAAUUUUGAGGGCAAUGAAUUUGGUCAUCCAGAAUGGCUCGACUUCCCUCGUGAUGGAAAUGGAUCUAGCUUCCAUUAUGCCCGUCGUCAGUGGAAUGUACUUGACGACAAACUUCUUCGAUACAAGUAUCUCAAUGAAUGGGACAAGGCUAUGCAAGAAACUGAAGAAAAGUAUGGCUGGCUACACAGUCCACAGGCCUAUGUCUCUCGCAAGAACGAAGGGGACAAGGUGCUUGUGUUUGAGCGUGCAAAUGUUCUAUUCAUUUUUAACUUCCACCCUACAAACUCCUACAGUGAUUACAGAGUUGGUACUGGCCAGGCUGGCAAAUAUAAGAUUGUAUUGAACUCGGAUGAUAAGAAAUUCCUUGGUCAUGGAAGAGUAGAUCCCAACGGGGAAUUCUUUACGACAGAGGGUAACUGGGAUAACAGAGACCAUUGGCUUCAGGUCUAUAUUCCCAAUCGUACUGUACUUGUUUUGGCAAAGAGCGAUUAA